AAAAAAAAAAAAAAAAAGUCUCCUCUCCUCUCAUCUGGUGGUGAACAUCAUGGAAAGCUCAAGCCACAACAGCGGGGAGUGAAAAUGAGAAAGAAGCUCCUGGUAGCAGCGAGAGGAGGCCUCUUCUUGUCCAAUCAUAACUUCAGACUCACUCGCUUGUCACAUCCCAGACCACCCAAAUGGGUGCUCAUUGAGGCAAACAGUUCUGCUGGUCAGUCAAAUACUCAGUGGCGUGGAUGGUCAUAUGCCGCCUCCGUACCUUCUGACAAGCCAAAUUCUCAGAAACGUCAAAAGAUUUCGAGAAAUGAAAGGAGAGCCAUGGUGGAAUCUUUUGUGAACAAGUACAGAGAGACAAAUGAUGGGAAGUUUCCAAAACUUAGGGAUGCUUGGAAAGAAGUUGGUGGCAGUUACUAUGUUGUUAGAGAAAUCUUUCAGGAAUUACAAUACAAGUCCAAAUUGAAUUCUUCAAACAACAUGGAUGAGAAUUUGGUUAAAAGAUAACUUCAACGGAGUAAACUUGGGAUCACUGAAACUGUAAAGGUUCCCUCUGAUACUACAGAGACUGCAAAAGACAGGCCUAUCCAUGAUGAUUGUGAAUUCGCAAUUUUAGAUGAAAUUGAUGCUGGGAAUGAGCAUCUGCAAGAUAAGAGAGGGCCACAGACUACCUCAUAUGAGGGGAGCUUGUCUAGAGAAGCUGUAAUCACCUCUGCUUCCCAGGAUAGUCAUUUCAUUACUGCUGAAAGUGACCUGUUGCAAAGAGAAGCUGAGCCUUCCAAAUCGAAUAAGUGGACAUCAAUUGAUGUCAAGACUGAGGAAGCUGAGUCUAGUUAUUCUGAUCUUGUUUCAGAAACUCAUCCAAUGAAAGAAGAGAAAACAAACACUGAGAAAGCUGAAUAUGAGAAAAGGGAGCAUGAUUCGUUGAAAGACCUUCCCAGUAUUUUUGGUCCAAAGCAUACUAUGGAGCAAGUUCAUGGAACUUCAGACAUGAAUGAGUCAAAAAUGAAGAUCAGUGAUGCUGAGGCUCCAAAGAAAACAACUUUGUGGGGAAAUCUGAAGUUAUUUGCGGAUGGCAUCAUGAACAUCUGGAAGAAACUAUGAAGUCAUGUGAUGCAACUUAGAAGAAAUUUAAUCUUUCACUAUACAACUGACGGUGCUUGUAAUUAGGCUUCAUGGACGCAGUCUGCUGUAUUGUUUCCUGACAACUUUAUUGCAAAAUUUUGGGUCUCCAUUCUGAGAAUCCCCUGACUUUUCUUGAGGCUUUUUAGUUUAGUUUCUUUCAGUGCUCGAGUUGACAGCUCUUUUUUAGGCAUGGCAUUUGUACAGGAGUUUCUACGCUCUUGCUGUAGGGAAGCUAAAUUACUUUGAUCUUGCAUAUGGUUUUCAUACAUGUUACGAACAAUUAGAAGGGAUAUAGAAUGUGACGAUUUAUGGAUUGCCAUGUUGGUAUA